CGUAGGCUCGUGAAAUGUGCAUGAACACCUGUUUCUCCAAUUUGGAGGACUUUAAUUUUGGUAACGGAGGGGGCCAUUCUCCUUCUUCGUUUUCACUGUCAGAGGGGUAUAGCGAAGGGAGAUGGGAUGAAGAGAAUUGGGAUGCAAGUAUUGGUGCAUUUGUCGCUUCCACGACCUCGCCCUCUUCCUCCUCUGCAGCUGCAAUAUUAUCAGCAGCCGGCUCCUUCUCCCCCUUCCCCUUUAAACUUGAGCUCAAGUGGGCGGCAACGUUCUUCAUCUUCCGACAAAGCUUUUCAUCCACCUCCUGUAGCUUCUCUUCCUCUGGCAUGCUGUCCAGCAACCCGAGGACAGAGUCGAGCACGGACGAGAGCUUCUUUAACUUUUUCUGCACCUCUAAACGGUGUCGAGUCUCGACGGGCUCCUUUGUUUUUUGCUUUUUUGAUGUAACAUCAUUUCCGGAGGAAGGACAAACUUCGUCGACGGAACGUUUCUCGUGUCCUGUGUGUCCCAUCUUUUUACCCUAUUCUUCCUGUAAAUCUGUAAAUACCAAUCGUCCACUAGAACCUCGUAAAACAAUUCCAAUUUUAAUCCAAAAAAGCCUCUUUAAAUAAUUCUUUUCCUCCCAAAACUUUGACGCUUCCUUCGUUUUUUGAAAAUUGGUAUUCUGCCAAAUUUGCGUCCAUUCACCGCAAAGACGUAGCAAAUCAAGCAAACGCGGUCCGUGGUUCCAAAAGAAGGAGUCUAGCUGUUUUCAACAACCGUUGUUUAACAAAAUUGUUGUUUCCUCGGUAGGAUUGGUUGUUGACAAGGUCUGCCGUGAAACACACGCGUUCACUGUUUACCACCAAGUCAGCAAUGGCAAAAAGCUUGGAGGAAAAAACGGAGAAUCUCAGCUUAGAGGAUCCUUGCUUGCCUGAGAUGAACCCCGUGGAGAAAGAAACGGCGGCAUCCGUAGCUUCUGAACUUGUAGAGAAGAAGGAAGUCGAGAGGGAAGCAGAACAGGAAACUGAAACAAAAAACGUGCCGGAAACGGUGGAAACGACGGAAGCGGAUGCUGAACAGAAAACUAAGGCUGAGUCCUCGACUGAAACAGUCGCUCCGGACGAAACUUCAUCACCGUCCGAAGCUGAACGUGAACUCAAGUCUUGUCAGUUGCAAUUGAAGAAUGUACAGAGCGAAAAGUCCAAGCUGGAAUCUCAAUACAGAGGCCUGUUGAACAAAAUUUCUGGAAUCAAACGUACUUUGGGCGAAAGAUUGAAACACGAUGCAAAGGAAAUCACAGAGCAACGCGAGAAGAUCAAGUCUCUUCAAAAAGCAAACACGGAACUGAAGGAAGAGCUUAUUAUAGCUAACGAGGAGUCAACCAAACUGACAGACGAUGUACAAUCCCUUCGCUCUGAGGUGGAAAGUCUUCGCCGUGACAAACAAUCAUGGAUGAAUGAGCGCGAGCAGCUCAACAACCAAGCAUUGCAAUGGGAACGAAAGGCGAAGGACACGUUCGAUGCUUUGGAACAAGUCCAAAUCAAGUACGGUGAAACAGACCGACAACUCGAAGCACAAUUGCAAGUGAACGAGUCGUUGGACAAUGAGGUCUGCCGCUUCCAAACAGCUGCAGAGAAGCUCAAACAACAGCUUGCUUCCGCUAAAGAACAGUAUACCAAGGAAACGCAAGAGAUCCGGCAAACUUGGCAGACGGUCGUCGACGACUUGUCCGAAAAGCUACAGUCUGCGUGUACAGAGAAUGAUUCCAUGAAGACGAAAAUAACAAACAUGGAGGAACGUCUUUCCCGCACAAGUGAGCUUGAGCAAAGUGUGAAGGAAAAAUCCUUAAUUAUCGGGAAGCUCCAGCACGAAGCUGUAAUCCUUAAUGAACACUUGACGAAGGCUUUACGACUUUUAAAAAGUGACGAGAACGCGGAGAAGGUGGACAAGCAGCUCAUCUCCAACCUACUUGUCUCCUUCUUAUCGCUUCCUCGAGCAGAUACGAAACGGUUUGAAAUACUUCAACUCAUUGCUUCCGUACUCGAAUGGAACGAUGAACAGCGUGAACAGGUUGGAGUCCAAAGACCGGGCUCUUCGGCCGACAUGUGGAGCGUUCGUCGAAAUUCGUCUUCUAAUUCCCUUCUGUUCCGCAGUUAAUCCAUAAACAACUGACCCUAUAUUUUGUUUUCUCACCUUCCUUUUCACUCUUUUCACUACAACGACUAAGUCUCUGAAACCUUUAUCUUCUUUUUUUUUACUAUAAGACCAAUUUUAGUACUGUGUGAUAUAUUUAAAACUCACUUGAAAUGUCUUCAAGUAAGCUUUUUUGUUGUCUCCUUCGCAUCCCGUUUAAUUUGCGUGAAAACGCCAUCCUGGAACCAUUUGUUUGCCUCUUCAACUUUUUGUUGCCUUUGUAAUAAUGGAUUUACCAAUUCGAUUCCCUGAACGGGAGUAAAUGCUAGCGAACUUUGGAGACCAUUGACGGCGAGGGAAGGCUUCGUUGCACUAAGUUUUGCUUUCUUAGCCUUUGGCAAACGCAGUUUUGUUCUCGAGUCAGCAAGCACAGCACGAAUCUUUCCUUCGCCUUCUUGACCCAGCAUACCCAAGCCCUCCGUUUCAUCGCCCACGUGCACCUCGGCUUCCUCCUUGCCAAAGGCCACACGGUUUUGCAGGCGACGAAGUUCCGUCACAGCGUAUUGCUCUUUAAUCUUGCGAAUGCGUCUGCCGCCACGACGUUUUUUGGGACGAUCGUCAGGAACAGGAAGCGCAAUAACAGGACGUUGUGUCGGUGGUUCAAGUAGCUUUUCAAUUUUCCGGUCUACUUCUUCACGGAAUUUUUUGCCAUAUGCACCGUCAGGCGACUCAUGGAUGGAAUCGACUCUGGCAGCCAAAGAAACUUUUGCGGCCGUCAACCGAACAGCCUGUUUUCGAACAUCUGGCGGUGUUUUCUGAAUGACAUCUGACAUAUAUAGAAAACCUUGGUUAUCCUUGCUUGCCGCUGUCGUAAUUCCUACGGUGGACAGACGCUUCUUACCAAGUGCAGGAAUGUUGCAUGCUGGAAACUUGCCUAGGCGCGUGAGACCGCCUGCAAUUCCAAUUAGAUUCGCCGCUGUUGUAGUUCCCACAACGGCUGACAGAUUGGGUGCCACAACGCUGAUUCUCGAUUGCACAUAGGUUAAGAUUUGGCUUUUCGCUUCAACAAGUUCGAAAAUAGCACUGCAUGCCUUGUUCACUAAUUCUAAUACAUCCGGCGGGAGUGGUUUUCCCAUAGUUGUCGUGGCAGUCGUUGCAAUUACCAUUAUCGUUGCAGAAGGUAAAAAUUUCAGCUUGUCUUUGCUGUUUUGAAGGUCAUUUUGAAGCGUCAUUACCGUUUUACAGUAGUCUAAUGCAUUCAACACAAGCCCAUGCAAUUCGGGAAAUCGUGCUUGGUAACGAUCCUUUACAAUCCGAUGUAACCGCACAAUCUCAUCAUCAAUUUCCAUGGCAAUUGCGUUCGAAUCGACAAUCAGUUGGUAUUCUGGAUCAUCCUCAAUGUUUCCAACAAUAGCCUGCUUUUCUUCUUGACUGUAGAUACUAAUUUCCUGUGAUGUUAUUUCGUUAGUAAAGAAAAAAUAGCGACCGACAUAAUCAUUAUUGAAAAACCUCGUUCAUACCUCUAAUAUCUUCUGUAGGCGCUCUGAAUGCAAAAGUUGGUCGAUAGAA